AUGGCGAGCAGUAUCCAGAGGGCGUCGUUCCUGCUCCAGGUCGUCCGGAGCUCGUCCCGCUCCCGCAAGAGGGAGGGCGUCUUCUCCGAGGCCGCGCCCUGGCAGCAGCCAAUCUCCGGCUCCGGCAGGGUGCCCCAGCCACGGACGCCGGCGAAGCUGGACACCAUCGUCGAGGAAGAGUACAACUCCACCAUUAUGACGAACGACCCCGGUUUCCUGGUCGGGGUCUCUUCUUCGUCGUCGUCAACGUCGGCCUCAACGUCGGCGCCAUCGUUAAUGGCCGCGGCCGGGGUCCCCAGGGCCUACCGUUUCGCCGCUACCGCCACCGGCGCGCAGCAGACGCGUUGUUAA